CCGGAAGUUUGAAAAUUUCGGAAGAAAUUUGAUAAUAAAGUUCAAUCUUUUAAAGGUUUAUGCAUCUUUUAGGCCACAGUAGAUGAGAAGAUGUCUGUUUCAAGUGGCAAUUAAAAGGCUCAUUUAUAUUAUGAGUGGAUCUGGAACCAAACGUAGUCGUCAGUGCAGUAUAUUAGAAUUCACAAGUUCAAACAAGCGACCCUGUUCAUCAACCAGUGCAAUAAUGGAAUCAGGUAAAAAUAAUACAGAUCCAGAGAUGAGGGAAAAAAUGGCAAUUGCAGCAUUAAAGAGAGCCACUUCUGUAACAAGUAGCAGUGUGGAUCCAACACUGGAGAACUCACAACAGGACAUGUUCUCAGAUGGUGAAGAGAAUAAAUCACAAGGGGCAGAGGGAGGUAGCUGGAGUCCAAUACAAGAAGAUAGAAAAGAAGAGAGUUAUAAAGGGACUCCUAUUAAGGAACUGUUUACUAAACCAGACUGUGUGAAAAACACCAGUCCCAAGAUGUCCACUGUGGAUCAUGCUAUACUUUUUAAGCAUCCAUUUAUUCCAGAUGAGGUACCUGAACCUUAUCCCAAGUUAUAUAUAGACAAAUGGCACCCUGACUAUGUAUAUAUGCCCUGCUCUCCAGAGAACAAAUACCCUAAAAGUAUGGGGAGAGAAAAACAUAUUGUAGAGCGAUGGCCAUUGAUUCAAGAUGCCCUUAGAGGAAAUAUAAGGAAUUCACAUGAUCUAGAGCGACAAAUCAAGAUGUACAACACAAGACAGUGGGACUUUGAUGGACUGCAUGAUUACUUUCAGUUCAUGGAUGAGGGAGAAAGAACUGAAAUCUUCAAGAAGACAAUACCAAAUAUGGUUGUACUAGCUCUAGAAAUACGCAAAUAUUGUACCCAGGGUAUCCCAUUACUAAAGGCAAAUAAAAACAGGAGUAUCACAAUGACCCAACACCAAGCUGCCUGUCUCCUUGCCAACGCCUUCUUUUGUACCUUUCCUAGACGAAAUACAAGGAAACGUGACUCUGAAUUUGCCAAUUAUCCUGAUAUCAAUUUCAGCUCGUUAUUUUCAAGGGGAAGUAGAUACAAUACAAGGAAAGCUGAGAAGUUGCAUUGCAUAUUUCAUUACUUUAAAAGAGUGACAGAUGAAAUGCCCCAAGGGACAAUAACCUUCAGAAGGCAAGUGAUAGAUCACAACAAGUGUCCUAAUUGGGCAUCUUCUGAUAAACCACUGACCAGGUUACAUGUGACAUCAAAGGGGACCAUAGAGGAUGAUGGGAAAGGGAUGCUUCAGGUUGACUUUGCCAACAAGUUUCUAGGUGGGGGUGUGUUAGGACAUGGUUGUGUUCAGGAAGAGAUCCGCUUCUUGAUCUGUCCUGAGUUGAUCCUAUCUAAGCUGGUCACAGAGAAACUUGAAGCCCAUGAGUGUCUUAUAAUGACAGGGUGUAUGAGAUUUAGUAACUACACUGGCUAUGCUGACAGCUUUAGAUGGAAUGGUGAUCACUUUGAAGUACCUGAAAGGGAUGCCUGGGGGAGAGUGAAUACAGAAGUGGUUGCUAUAGAUGCUCUAGUAUUCCAUCAAUACAACGAUCAAUUCAAGACUGGCCUUGUUAAACGAGAGCUCAAUAAAGCAUAUGCUGGCUUCUAUGCAGGUCCAGAUAUACCAGAGGAUAAUAAUCCUGCUGUAGCCACAGGGAAUUGGGGCUGUGGGGCCUUUGGGGGAGACCUUAGGUUAAAAGCAUUGAUACAGAUCAUGGCUGCUGCAGAAGCAAAUAGAGAUGUCUGCUAUUUCACAUUUGGAGACAAUAAGCUAAGAGAUGAUAUGUUUGAAAUACAUAAAUAUUUCAAGGAUAGAGAUUUGAAAGUUGGUGAUGUAUAUUCCUAUAUACUACAAUACAAUAGAAACUAUUGUCAGAAAUAUGCCAAACCCAAAAAGAACUUGUUCCAGUACAUUCUUAAAGCAGAGCAAUCUGGAAGUGAAACAGAAGAGGAAAAUGAGGCUGAGACACCAAUAAUAACUUUAGAUGACAGUGAUGAUGAAAGCAAAGUAUGGGAGAAAUUACCUGCUGAUUUAGAAUCAAUAGAAAAACUUGGACCUGAUAAGUCUAGCAGUGGGAAUGUUGGUUCAUAUAGAGGUCAAAGUGGCAGUAAUGCAGGACAUAAUUUGGAUGAACAUGAAGCUAUGGAAGUGGAUGGUGUUGAUGCAAACCAGACAUCCUCAAAGGACUCAUAUAGUAAAAAAAGGAAUACCGAAGGACAUGUUAAACAUAAAGUGGAUAGUGAUGGUAGUUCUAGCCCUUAGAGGUUUGAUAAUAUACAACGCACUAAGCAAUAUAUUUAUAAUUGUGAAUUUGACUUGAGGAAUUCUCAUUUUCGUGGUAGAUCUUUCAUAUGGGGAGGGGAAUGUGUCUCUUUAGAUUAUUCAAAAUGCAUUUCGUAUGAGUUCAGAUUUUUAGUUAUUCAAAGUUUCAUAGUAGAGCACUCAAAUGUCAAGGAGUCAAUGUGUACCUUUAAGGUAAUGGUAAAUGGUUAAUAAAAGUAAUCCUUUUUGCAGUGAAAAUGGGAUGGCUUUAAAUUUUUGAACUCUUCUAGGAAAAGGAGAAUUAUGGUAGU